AGCUGUCUCUGUGUGCUCGUUGGACAGAGGAGGACACGUACUGCUGGAGCUGGUCUCCAACUCUGACUGGGAUUUGCUUGGGGCUCGGACUGACGCCCUGCAGGACAGGGGUGGCUUUGGCCUUCGUGUGGGAUUCUACCUUCGGAGUGACCAGUUUUAUAGACUUCUUUGACCUGCUGCCGGCAGCGCGGGUGGAUCCAGGGCAGGACUUCCUGAGGAGGAGUAGAACCAGAGGAACAGGAUUCGCUCUGAGGACGAAGUGAUAGUGUCCCACCGACAGACCGACAGACCCUAUGGCCUCAGACCAGACAGACGUGUCCAGCGGGGUCAUGGAGGAGUCGGAGGUCUGCUCCCUGCCCGGGGGGCUAGCCAGCGUCAGAAAACAAUUUGAAGCCCAGGAAACUGCAACAUCGCACAAUGUGACCCAGUUCCAUGUCCAUCACAGAAGCGUGCAGGAAGUGUCCAGCUCUGAGGUCACAGUGAGAGGCAACGUCAGACACGUCGUCCCAGCCAACCAGCACAUUCAUUUCUACCAGAAUGACAUGGUCACACAUGAAGAAAACAACGUGAUCUCCAGUUAUGAGGACCAUGAUCAGGAAGCAGAGGAGGACCUCCCAAGACUCACCACCAAGGAGCUGAGGGAACGCUUUGAAAAAACCAUAGAAGAAGCUGCUCCCAGCAAGAAAGUUAAGAUGGAACGUGAUAUAAACCGCUCUCAGUGGUCCUCCAAUGUAUCUCAAAAAGUCUCAACUGGUGAGAUGUACCAAGUGUCAGUCUGUGAAGCCUCAAACCAAGGUGUCUUUGACUACGAAGACACUGAAUACUUCCCUCCACCACCACCAGAGGAAUCAGAGAACCUCCCGCCUCCCCCUCCAGACUUACUGCAGCUCCCGUCAGACAGUCCAGACAUGCCAGAAGAAUUCUACUCCCCGGAGCCCCCAGAAGCAAGUUACACAUCCAAACAACCAAUGAACCGCGAGGAGUACUCAAAGCAGAGAAACCUCUUCGAGUUGAAACGUCUCUACAAGCACAUCCAUCCCGAAGUUCGCAAGAACAUCGAGAAAUAUUACCACGCCGAUGUGUCUGAGACACAACAAGACUGUCAGGAAUACAUGUACUACGACGACGGAAGCAGUCCUAACAACAUCAGCAUCAGCCCAGACCAAGAGUAUCUGGAAUGGGAUGAAAUCCUCCACGGGGAGGUCCAGUCGAUGCGCUGGAUGUUUGAAAACAAACCGUUGGACGCCAUCAAAGACGAGCUCCCCGAGGAGGCGGACGAUAAGAAGAUCACUCAGCAGGAGGUCAUCGUGGGGAAGGACGUGAGGCGCACGGCCUGGAUGUUUGAGACGCAGCCCAUGGACGAGCUGGGCUCUCACAACACAGAGUCCACCGAAUACAGGAACAAGUUCAACAAGCUGGACAAGGGAGACGUCCGCGCCGCCGCCUGGCUGUUCGAGACGCAGCCCCUGGAGACGCUCAACAGGAGGCAGGGGGAGCAGGAGCUGACCAAAGAGCUGGUGUUCACCGAAGAGGACGUGAACUCCACCGUGUACAUGGUGGAGAGUCAGUACAUGGAAACGCUGGGUCACACGGAGACCAUCGACGAGAGCCACCUGCUCAGCCUGAGGUCCGUCCUGGAGGAGAUCAAAGGAGAAACCAAGAUCGUCACCAGCACCUUUGAGACCCAGUUCACGUGCGUCCUCAUGGGCCAGGCAGCGGGGCAGCUGCUGGAGAUCAAGUCUGUGAGGAAGCUGGAGAUGGAGACCCACUCCUCCACCACCUCCCGCUGGCUGUUUGACACCCAGCCCCUGGACAUGACCGCCAAGACGUGCACCGCCGUCAAGCUGGUGUGCAGCCUCUCCUUGGAAGACAACAACAGAGGCAGCUGGGGGAGGUGGCUCUUUGAGACCAAGACGUUGGACGCUUUGAACGACGACUGGGAAAGUACCAAGCUGCAGAGGGAGGAGAUCGUAGGCGCUGACGUUAGGAAACACUGCAUGGUGUUCGAAACUCAGCCCAUGGACUCUCUGAAGGACGACUCAAACGCCAGGCCCCCUACCAUAGAGGAAGUCAUUGGGGGUAACGUCCGAUCCGCAAGACACUUUUUUGAGACCAGUCCAAAGUCCGCUGCUAAGAAUGGUCUUGAGGUGGGGAAGCUUAAAAAGGCUGUGGCGCACGAGGAGGAGAGAGGAGAUGUGAGACAUCAGAAGUGGCUGUUUGAGACUCAACCAUUGGAGCACAUAAGAGAAGAGAAAAAAGAGGUUGUUCGAACUGUGAACCUGCAGGAAGACCUCACUCAGGAGGAUGGCACAACCGUCACGGCCGACGUUCGAAAGAACUGCUGGGUGUUUGAGACACAGCCCAUGGAUACACUGAAAGACGAUUCAAACUCGAGGCCUUUAUCUAAAGAGGAGAUUAUUUGCGGUAAUGUCAGAUCAGCAAGAAACUAUUUUGAGACAGUCCCAAGUGAUGAUUUGAAAGAGCUUGCUGAGGUGGGUAAACUACAAAAAAUGGUAGCCCUGGAAGAAGAGAAGGGGGAUGUUAGACACCAAAAGUGGCUUUUUGAAAGCCAACCCCUGGAGAGCAUUAGAGAGGAGAAGAAGGAGGUGGUUCGCACCGUCAACCUCGGGGAGAUGAAUAAAGGGGACGUCUCAAACUACAAGAAAAUAUUUGAAACUACCGACCUGAGCAGAAAGGAUGAAUCUCAAAAGAUCCUUGUAGAAGGCGUCACGUGUGGCUCUGUGAAAUCGAACAAAGACCUCUUUGAGUCGACAACCCUGUAUGCCAUGCAGGACAGCUCUGGACACUACCACGAGGUGAAGACUGUGCGCCGUGAAGAGGUGGUCAAAGGAGACGUCACAUCUUGCAAAUGGAUGUUCGAAACUCGCCCUAUCGACCAAUUUGAUGAAAGCAUAAACAAUUUCCAAAUUAUCAAGGGAAUAUCCAAACAAGAGGUUGAGUCUGGGGACGUGAAAACCGCCAAGUGGCUGUUUGAAACACAGCCUCUCGAUGCUAUUAAAUACUUCAGCAAUAUGGAGGAUGAAGAAGAUGUUGGGACUACAGAGAAAGUUGACGUUGUGAAAGGUGAUGUGAAAACCUGCAAGUGGCUGUUUGAGACUAAACCAAUGGAUGUCCUAUACGAGAGGGCUGAAAUCAAAGUUGAAGAUGAAAGUGAAGAGGUUCACAAAGGAGAUGUGAAGACCUGCACGUGGCUGUUUGAGACCCAAGCUCUCGAUACCAUCCGAGAUGAGACAGAAACGGUUCUGAAGGUGUGUACUGUGAAACAAGACGAUGUUCAGGGCAAAGACGUAAGAAUGGCUUGCUUCCUCUUUGAGACAGAGAACCUUGAGAAUCUCACGGGGGAGGAGGAAGGUUUUAAGAGAAUAACUGAGAUAGACGUUCAAUCUGGCGACGUGUCUCACAUGAAGUGUAUCUUUGAGAACCAGACAUCAGAUAUCAUGACCUCAACAUCUAAGGAAGUCAUGCACAAGCUGAAGAGCCUUCAGUCAGAGGAUAUACAGAAAGGAAAUGUUGUUAACUGCAGAUGGCUCUUUGAGAACCAAUCCAUAGAUACGAUUCACGACAGCCAAGAUGAAUCUGUAAGCGGCCGUACUGUGAAGGACGUGCAAGGCGGCAAUGUCGAUAAAGGUCGUUUUAUUUUUGAGACCUACACCUUGGACAAAAUUCAAGAGGUGUCCUCCGACACAGAGGAGACAGACGUUACGAAAAUGCAGAAAAUUGUCCGUGAAGACGAAGAAAAAGGGGAUGUGAAGAACUACACCAUGAUGUUCGAAACUCAGCCCCUGUACGCCAUUCAGGAUAAAGAAGGCCAUUACCAUGAGGUCACGACCGUCACCAGUGAGGAGGUCAUGCGUGGAGAUGUGGUAGGCUCCCGAUGGUUAUUUGAAACCAAGCCCCUUGAUUCUAUCAGAGAUACUGAUGAGGUCUACAUCAUCAAGUCUGUCACACAGGAGGACGUUCAGAAAGGAGAUGUGACGUCCGCAAAGUGGAGAUUUGAGACGCAGCCUCUAGACAGGAUCGCAGAGGACAAAAAGAUGUUAGUCAAAACCGUAGAUGAUAUUCAAGGAGGAGAUGUCCGAAUGAACAAAAGACGCUUUGAGUCUGAUGACCUGGCGCAGACCUCUGUUCGAACGGUGAACGUCAGCGAGAUUCAAAAAGGCGAUGUGAGGACAGCCAAAUGGAUGUUUGAAACCCAGACAAUUGACAAAAUACGUAGCAUGAGCUCUGAAAAUAUUGUGGAGACCGUCAUGAAGGAGGAGGUAGCAAAGGGUGAUGUGAAACAAUCCGUUUGGCUCUUUGAGAAGAAUCCCCUCGACCACAUUAAAGAGGUGGAUGAGAACGGCAUCUUCACUCGAGAAGAAAUCCCCAAGGCAGACGUGCAGACAACAACAUGGCUGUUUGAAACCACUCCGUUCCACGACUUUAACGAGACCAGUACGGAGAAGACGGAAAUCGUGGGGAAAAGUAUCAAAGGAACCCUUGAGGAACUUUACAGUCAGAAAAUGGUAAGUUCAAAAGGAAUUCUCCUUGAAGCAGAUGAAAUUGGGGAUAUUAGAAUGGCAAAAUUCCAGCUAAUGAACAAGCAGGCUCCAAAGAUCCAGAAGGAGGAGGUGAUACACGGGGACAUGCAGAGCAUUAUGAUGAAUCUCCUAAACAGGCGGGACACAAAGGAGAGCGGCAUCGUGAUCGAUUCAGAAGAGAAAGGAAACAUCAGCACAACAGUGCAGCAGCUGUUCCGCCAGGAGAGAGACAGCACGGUGGAAAAAGAGGAAAUCAUUCGAGGAGACAUUCAGGAAGCAGUGAACAGUCUUCUGAAGGAGGGAGGCUCCGCCAAACGUGGAGUGCUCCUCCAGGAGGACGAGAAGGGAGACGUGAGGAUGACAAUAUAUUCCCUCCUUAAUAAACAAGACGACGUGAGCGUGGAGAAAGAGGACAUCGUCAGGGGCAACAUUAAGAGUGCCCUCCAGAGCCUGUCAAGUCUGGAGAACUCAGAACAGAUAAGGAUAAAGGUAGACGACUCCGAAAAGGGAAAUGUCAACUUUUUCUCCACGUGUAUCGAAUCGGGUGCACUUGACUAUCUCAAACAGCUCCAAGUAGGGCCGGAUGAAACUCUGCCUGACAAAGCUCAGAAAGAGGAGAUAGUUGGAGGUGACAUUAAAGGAACAAAACUCAUUCUGGGACGCAGCCAAGCACAGAUUGAACGUACGGUCGAAGACAUUGUUCCUGGAGAUGUUCACAGCACUGUGAAGGUUUUCAUGACCGAACCGAUGGCCUCGAUGGAUGGUCUGCAGAAAGAGGAAAUUGUGAGGGGGGAUUUAAGAGCGGCUAUGAAUUCCUUGUCACAGUCAGUGAACCAGUCUGUGGUGUUGGAGAAAGAGGAAGUAGUAAAAGGCAACAUAACCAAAUCUCUGCGCUGCCUGGAGAAGGCUCAAAAACGCUCCAAGGAGGUGGAGAAGCCAGACAUCGUCCGGGGCAACAUUAAAGGAGCCAUGAGGUCCCUUGAGCUGUCAGCGUCCUCCAGAGUUGACAACACGGUCGAGGAUCUCGUGGCCGGAGACGUCAAAGGAACCUUGAAGUCUCUGGUGAAGGCGACCCACCUGGUGAAGGAGGUGGAGAAGGAGGAGAUCGUGAGGGGGGACAUUCAUUCAGCGAUGAUGUGCCUGCAAGACGCUUCUAGUGACAGGAGGGUCUGCCAGCAGGAAAUAGAUGUUCAGGGAGAUGUGAGAGGAACUAUCCAGCUCCUAUUGGAAGCUCCAGCCUCCCCGCGUAUGCAGCGGCAACCCAGCACCGAGGGAGACGUGAAAAUGUCAAUAAAGUCUCUGUAUGACACUCAGGAUAUUCAGGAACAAAGCCAGUCCGAGAAGGAGGAGGUCUUAAAGGGGGAUGUUAAAGGCACAAUAAAGUCAUUAUUGGAGACAGCGAAGCGCGAAGCCCCUAAAAUCAGAAUUGGAGCAUACAGGCGAGUCAAAACUCCUGUGAAGGCUGAGAUCAAAGCGACCCCUGUAGCUACGACGACGAGCGCUGACGCACAAAGAAACGUACAGAAGAUAAGAACUGCUAAUUCCUCGAAGACUGAGAAUUCUGCGGUGGAGAAUCAUUCUCACUCAACUCAAUGCACAAUCAGCACAACCGAAUCUCAGACCACUCAGCAAUCCACUACCGUGGUAGAACACAAAACUAUCACCCAGAACCAUGACAUCAAAACUUUGAAGACGGAGUUCCGCAAUCUGAAUUCAAAUCGAAAGGGUUUCAUCAAAUUAGAUAAAACCAAAGUUAAAAGGGGUGUUUAUGUCCCCAAACCAACACUGCAAGAAUCUGAUCUGCCUCUGCCUCCCCCUCCUCCAUCAAUGUCUGAACACGACAACCAGUGCCCCACCCCUCCCCCACCCAUCAGCGACCUUCCCCCUCCCCCAACUCCCCCACCCGCUGUUGACUCUGAGCUGGAUGCUCUGCCCCCACCUCCUUCCCCCCCUCCCGGCUCCACAGAGCUGGACUUCCUCCCACCCCCUCCCUCUCAGCUGGAGCUCGACUCCAUGCCUUCCCAGACGCCUCAGCCCGCGCCGGCCAAAGCAACCAAAAUGAUCGUCAAGAAAGUCAAAGCCCCCGUGUUGCAGAAGGUCCCCAAGCUGGAGCCUCAGGUCCAGGUUCAGACGAAUCAAAUGGUUCAGUCGGCAACCAACACCGCCACGGCCAGAACGUCAGUGGUGGAAACGAGCACAAGUCAAACUGAGUCUGUUGUUCGUUCAUCAAAAAUGAUUUCCUCUGAAAUCCCCAUGCCACCUGUUUCACCAUGCCCACUGAGGAAGGGUUGUGUCUCCCCAGUGAGAUUCACACCUCCUCCUUCCCCUCCUCCUUCCAUUAAAGCCAAGACUAACAUGAGCAGAUUCACCACCCCAUUGAUAAAAGCAGAAGAAAAAUAUAGAAAGCUAAAAGAGGAUGAUCCUUCACCAGCUACUCCAGGUCCCUUUUCUACACACGAUUCAGUCACUGCUCAACCUGAGAUGGUUUCUUCUGAGGGUGCAGGUACUGAGCAAUCAAAGCAGAGCAGCGUAACAUUUGAUUUUACCCAAGAGAUGGCUAAAAAGACUGUGACUCAAGUCCAAUCAGACACAGUAUCAUCUGAAUCAUCCAAGCGAGUGAAAAAUUCAGAUACCCCCUCUAGCACGGCUUUGAUUACCGCUGUAAAUGUGAAAAAUCUGCCAGAUUCCACUGUUAUUUCUUCAACUAAACAGCAUACAGUCUCUAAUCAGAGUUCAAAAGUUGCCUCUGUUCAGGAGAUCACAUCCAUUUCAUCCUCAACACAACAAACGUUCAUGGAAAUGAAACAGCAAACUGCCACCAGUUCUUCCCAGCAGUCUCAGCUGAUUGAAAUAAACAAAGUCCAGACCUCGACCAGUGCUGUCACAAAAAAUGAUUUGAUCCAAACAGACAAGAAAGAAUUCAAAAAUCUCAAAACAAAGGGUUCCGAUAAAUCUGGAGUGAAAAAGAUAACCGAGAAGGCAGUUGCUUCUGCAAAGGUCACGGUAAAGUCAGAAUUGACAACAGAGAGGAAGGUGAAAGCCGGUAAAUCCUUGCAAUCUGAAGACAAAAAGAUAAAUGAUAAUCUCCCUGUGGCUGAGAAGGUUGCUCAUCAGCCAACAAAAACAGAAAACACAAUCACUGUGAAGAAUGUAAAGACAGGUAAAUCACCCCAAUCUGAGAACAAAAAGAUAAAUGAAAAUGAUAAAGUAUCUAAUCAGCCCUCCAUAACUGUCACGGCUACACAGGAGGCUGUUGUGAACGCAGGAAAAUCAGCACAUAAGACAAGGAAGAGCAUUAAACAAGAAACGCAACUGGAGAUCAAAGAUACAAGGCGGACAAGCGAGAGUGAAAAGGAAAAGGUGGUUGUGGAGAAAAGGGUGGAGAAAGGGGCCGAGCCUGGGGUGAGGCAGGACACCCAGACAAACCUCUAUGCUGCUCCAGAGGCCAAGGACAAUCAACCUCCAGCGACUCCCACUCCCAAACGCAAGAAGAAGAAGUCCCGGAAAUCAAACGGUGUGACACAGGCCGUCCCUGCAGAAGCCGCUGCCUAUGUGUCUGAGAAGUCACUCCAGAAUCAGGAGGUCACGGUCAUCCAGAUGCACGCAGGCAUGAAGGAGGAGCAUAGCAAAGUCCACAAAGAGGUUAUAAUCACGGAAAGCAAAGUUCAUCAGAGUUUUCAACAACAGGAGACCGUUACUGUUCAAAAGCAAGUCAAAGCUUCUCAGAAGAAGAAAGGGGAGGCGGGUCAUCAACAGACUGGAGAGAAGCCAAAGCAGGGAUGCAAGAAUGUUCCAGUAAAAGUGACCGGCAAGCCAGCACAGCGCCAAUCUGUUACGAUGUCAACAGAGAGCACACAGGAUGUUCAGAGACAAGCAGAAGUUCAAAAAUUAAUCUCACACAUAAUUGAACUGCAGGGAACUACAGGAAAGAUUGAUUCCAAGUCUGUGAAGACUCUGCUCAAUACAGUUCCUGAGUGGCUAAUUGGCUCAGAGGAGAAAAGUGAUUUGGAGGAAAAAGCAACUGAACAUAAUAUGGAGAAACUGAUAGAAAUAGUACAGUAUUUGAAGAAACUGACAGAGGCCAGAUUAACGUAUUUAGAAGGCAAGGGCACUGUGGAGAAGCAUGAAUGUGAGCAGAUGUCUGAAAAGAUUGUUAUUGGUGGGGCAACGCAGAGAAUAUCUAAAAUAAGUAUUGGCUCUGCGAAAGUUGAAUGUCAGAAGAAGGUUGUAGAGAAGAAAAAGACUUCACAUGAAAGCAGAAAACAAGAGACGCUCUCGGUGAAGCUAAGUGACCCCAGAGCGCCCUCUCCAUCAUUAAAGAUGCGCCCUCCCUCACCCACCUACAUUACCAUCGAGUCCGCGCGAAGAACGGACUCCCCUCAGCGCGUAACCCCCUCACCCACCCCGGUGCACCGACCGGCCACGCCUCCUACCCCCCCCCCUCGCAGGUCCGACACCCCGACGUCUCGCAUCAACAGAGUCACCCCCUCCCCCACCUUCGACAGGGCGGAGAACUUGGCUCGACUGAAGGACACCACAGCAAAACUCUCCCGCGGAGUAACACCGCCUCCAAUUUUGCCCCCCCAGCAAAUCACUGAAAAGAAAUCGGAAAUUGUGGAAUCUCCCGCUUCAUUCCAUCGGCAAAUCAAAACAGAGACACAUGCGGUGAAAAUGUCCGACACAGCAAGCGAUAACACAUCGGUGAUGGAGGACAGCGCUUGCUUUGUGGAUGCUCAGAGGAGUUUGGGUGUGGACACAGACAAGCCAGCUAGCCACCCGGAGCAGGUCACAGAGGUCGACGCCUCCUUCCGCCAAACAGAUUCAGAAGCUACGGCAGAGACGUCUGACUCAUCGACCGUCACCACAUCAGUGAGAGACAAGACAGAGUUUUUCGAAGAGGCUCGUAAAGCGAAGGUGAAUAAGACCUAUAUCCGGAAGGAGCCUAUCGACAUCCCCGAGCGCCUGGGCCCAGACACGGAGGAACCAGAGACCGAACACCAAGAGAAAGAGGAGGACCUUCUCAAGGUGGACUUGUCAGGUCUGGUCAACAAAUUCGAAACACCAGAAGAGAAAAUCUACAUUAGAAAGGAACCUAUUGUGAUCGCAGACAGACUUGGGGCAGAGAUGGAGAACUCUGAGACUGAAUCGGAGAAACCAGUAAGUCUGGAGGACGAAAUGCCAACAUUUGACAUCCGGAAUGUAAAAAAUGUUUUUGAGCUUGGUGAGGCAAGUGUCGCGUUCAAAGAGGAGAAAAGCAAACAGGAGGAGUUGGAAGCAGCAUUAGACAGUUCAAAGCGGGAGGGUCCUCAGGGGACAGAGGGGAGCUCUCGGCAGAGCGCCCCCUCCCCUCCACAGGAUGAGGUGGAAACAAAGCCAGCUCAGCCAGCAGGGUUUUCCGAGGCAAAGUCAGUCACUGAGCAGUUCUCAAGCGUCGAUGAAUUCGGCAACAAGACAGUCGGGUCACGUUGCACCACAACGGUCUCCCAGCACUCCAAGACCCUGUCUGCUUCGCCCGUGCCCUUCUCCAAGACCCUGUCUGCUUCGCCCGUGCCCAUCUCCAAGACCCUGUCUGCUUCGCCCGUGCCCGUCCCAUUCUCGUACGCUGACGCGGUCAAACGGAAAGCUCAGGAGUUGAAGGCCGCUGAAGCCCGUGAGGAAGCAUCCACGGAGGAGCUGCUUCAGAACUUCCACAGGACGUGGACGGAGAGCGAGAACGUUUUCAAGAGUCUCGGCUACAACGUCUCAGAGGAGAGGACAGCACACGUGGUUUCGCAUCAGGAGAAGACCGUUACAACCGGUUCGAGUUCCCAAGUCGGAGCUGUGUACUGCAUGUCGGAGGAGGGUCUAUCCCAUGGAUGCUCUAAUAGCGGACAGAAAAAAGUUCCAUAAAUCCUGUUUCUGCUGCGAGCAUUGCAGAACAAAAUUAAGCCUUGGCAACUAUGUGUCUCUCCAUGGACAUCUGUACUGUCUUCAUCAUUACAAACAACUCCUGAAGUCCAAAGGAAACCAUGGUAACGGCCCUGAACAGAUGCCACCUCCAGCAAGCGGCCCUACCCUGUUACCAGGCCAACUGAAUUGGAGAUACUCAAUUUCACAGAGCAGUGUUAGUUCAUUAGACACGUCAAAUACUCUUGAAAAGGAAUUCCGAAAACCAAUCAAGGAAACCAAACAUAAUAGUACUAAGAUAUCUGUUGUAUGGCCCCCACAAUCCCAACCCCCUAAGAAACCCUUUCAGCUAGAGGAGGAUAUCAAGCUCAUCAAACCCCAGUGGCCCCCUCAGGAUGAUGCCACCAUGUCUCCCAAACACCAACACAGAAAGGCUGUUCCCAGGAGUGUCCUUUAAAAUAGAGCAACCCAAGGAAUUUGCAUGACUUGUAGAUUAAUCACAGUGCUGUAUCAUGGGGAACAAUAAAGGCCUUGAGAACGCAACACAAACACACACCUGCAGAAGAACAGGAAGAGCCUGUAAAAAAUGAUGGUGGUAAGAUAAGUGACCGUGGAAGAGGGAAAAAGUAUCAUGGCUGUAAAUGUAUGUAAAUGAAUAUAGAGGGCGAAGAGAAGAGAUUGAGGGAGAUAGUGGACUGUAAAUAAUGGUAUUUUAAGAGAAGGGAAUUAGAAGGAAAUGAAUGUGCUGCGGGUUAGAGAAGAGAAAGUCAAAAGAGGGUAAAUGUAGAGUGUGAAAUGUUACAUUGGGAGAAAUGGACAUCACAAAUGGAAUUGGUCUGUCAGGUUUGAUGACAUCAACGUCACAUUUAACAUGAAAUGGUAACUAAAGGGAGAAUGUAAGACGCAGAGAGAAUUACAACUGGAUAUGUGUUUUAUACACGUCUGUCAUACAGUACCCUGAUCUACAUGAUAAUGUCAUCCAUCUUUACCCAUUAUGUUUUAAGGAAUUAUUUGAUGUAUUGCAAUAAUCUUAGUUUGUCGUUUUCGUCCAUGGAGAGAGUUACAAAUUGAAUCAAGUGUACCAUUACUGCUUAUAUUUGUCUGGGCCUUUUUCUUUCAACAUAUCAACAUUUUUACAAUCACCUUUUUCUAGCACCUGGUGUGCAGCCUAGUAAAAAUGAUCUUGGAAAUAUUUUCUUUAUAAUAUAUACAGUAUAUACUAUAUCCUAUUAAUUGGUAUUAAUCAUGUUUGUUUUGGAGAUUUGUAUCCUAUUUUAAAAAAAGCAAAUAUUUUGCAAUGCACAUUUUAUUUUGUAGAUUAGCCUAUCUUGCUUUGUACAAGAGAUUUCCUGAUGCUAUCAUCUUGUCAGGCUGGUUUACUUUCUAAUUUAUUGCUGAUCCAGGGGCAAUAAAAAGAUUUAAUUGAAAA